GGACCUGGUGACCAGUAGACAUGGUUCAGUUUUCUCAGGUCCUGACCGAAAUUGGCAACUUCGGUCGCUUUCAGAUACAGCUGCUGCUGCUGCUGUUUGUCCCCAACUUUCUGUCUGCUUUCUUCACGUUUUCCCAAGUCUUCAUGGUCCUGGAGGAGGAGAUCCACUACUGUUCAGUGGCGUGGGUCAAGAACCUCACCUUGAACCUGAGCGCUGCCGAGCAGCUGGCCUUGAGCGUGCCGCUGGACGCUGCGGGCAACCCUGAGCCCUGCCUCAUGUUCCGGCCUCCCCCUGAUGGCGCCAGCCUGGAGGACAUCCUCAGCCACCGCUUCAAUGAGACACAGCCUUGCGAGGCGGGCUGGGACUAUCCUGAACACAGGCCCCUGUCCCUGAAGCGCGAGUUCAACCUGGUGUGUGACCGGAAGCACCUGAAGGAGACCUCGCAGUCGGUGUACAUGUUGGGGCUCCUCGUCGGCGCUUUCAUCUUUGGGCCCCUCUGUGACCGGAUUGGUCGAAAACCUAGUACCCUGAUACAGAUGCUGCUGUUCGCCCUCAUCGGCCUGGCCACGGCCUUUGUACCCAGCUUUGACCUCUACCUGGUCAUGCGCUUUGCUGUGGCCACUGCCGUCGCUGGGUAUGCCAUCACCAAUGCCACCUUACUUGCAGAGUGGGCGGGGCCCUCGAGGCGGACUCAGGCCAUGGUCCUGUGCCAGUGCGGCUUCUCCGUCGGGCAGAUGGCCCUCGCGGGACUUGCCUACGGCGUCCGCAACUGGAGGCUCUUCCAGAUCACUAGCACCGCGCCCAUCUUUCUGCUCUUCUUCUACUUCUGGGUUCUGCCAGAGUCUGCCCGGUGGCUCCUGACCCGGGGCAGGGUCGAGGAGGCUAAACGAUUGAUCCAGAAGGCGGCCUCAGUCAACAGGCAGAAGCUCUCCCCAGAGCUGCUGAGCCAGCUGGCCCUAGAGAAGACAGGCCCCUCAGGGAAUGCCCUGGAUCUGUUCAGACACCCCCAGCUCCGGAAGGUGACCCUGAUUCUCUUCUUUGUCUGGUUUGUGGACAGUCUGGGAUACUAUGGCCUGAGCCUCCAAGUGGGGGACUUUGGCCUGGACAUCUACCUGACCCAGCUCAUCUUCGGAGCAGUGGAGCUGCCCGCCCGCUACUCCAGCACCUUCAUAAUGCAGACAUUCGGCCGCAGGUGGAGCCAGCUGGGGACUCUGGCCAUGGGUGGCCUCAUGUGUAUCACCAUCAUCUUCAUCCCAGCAGAUCUGCCCGUAGUGAGCACUGUGCUGGCCAUUCUGGGGAAGUUCGCCACAGCCGCUGGGUUCACGAUCUCCUACGUCUACACCACCGAGCUCUUCCCCACCGUCAUCAGGCAGACGGGCAUGGGGCUGGUGGCCAUCUUCUCGAGGAUCGGGGGCAUCAUCACGCCCUUGGUGAUGCUGCUGGGUGACAUCCACAAGGCCCUCCCCAUGGUGGUCUACGGCAGCCUCCCCAUCGGGGCGGGCUUACUCUGUUUGCUGCUGCCCGAGACACGGGGCCAGCCCAUGAAGGACACCAUCCAGGACCUGGAGCAGGGGCCGCGCCCACGGACUCUGGAGGCAGAGCCCCCCGAACACGGGGCACAGGCCUCAGGAAGAACGUCUAGCCCGGGGGUGGCUGUCGUGAGCAGCACACAAUUCUGAUUUCACUCCCCUGGACACGGGUGGGACCUGUGCGCAAGACCAGCUUCCCUGACGGAGGCAACACGUGGGGACCUGACUCCAGCACCAGCGCCGACUGCCAGGCCCACGCCCAGGGACGGCUGGGACAGGGCCUCUCUCCUCCCAACACCUUCCUUAUCCCCGGAGCCCCACCCCCACCCCCUCUUCUGGGUUAGGGUCUUGCUCUUAACUUCUCUGAUAGUCUUGUGGGGGGUCUGGCUCCCCGAUCCCCUCCAUCUGGGGUCCGCCUGCCCUCCACACACAGUCAGACCCGGAACACCUAGGUAGGGCCUUUCCCAGGGUGCUCCGUAGGAGGAGAAAACGUGAAGUUGAGUUCUCUGUCCCGGCCGGAGGACAAAAAGCCUGUGGGUCAGGAGAGGUGGCCGUUCCUUCUAGCGGCAGGACCAGGCCCCUGUGGCCAAGGCUGGAGUCCCACAGGACAUUGGAUCCUGCUGAGAGAAGACUCUAGGUCAGGGGACAGCGAAGCUCCAGUCCUGCAUCCUCUUCAAAGAUCCUCCAUUCCGCCACCCGCACUCCGCUCACGCCUAACCUGGGUGGCUCGGGGACCACGCGGAGGUGGGCUCUGCCCCUCUCUGUGUCGCCUCCCCCCUUUCACAGUCUGCUGCCUCUGGCUCCCAAAGGGCCCAGACAAGGAGAAGGGGGAGAACAGCGAGGUCUUUGAUUGGCUGCUGCCAGAUGAGCUCCUUCCAGGUCGUGCUGGCUGAUCACACGUCAGUGUGCCCCCGCGGGCGUCAGGAAGUCCGCGCCUCCAUGGGCACAUCUGUGGCUGCCCGGCGAUCCCCUUGGGACCUUUGUGCUGUUCCUUCAUCUAACCAAUGUCCUCGCGCUGACCUCCCCAGCGCCAGCUCCCACCGCGGGCACACCUGACCUUACAGGACGGCCCUCAGCUGUGGUCCCUCGGGCCAGCCCACUUGUCCUGGCAGCUAGCUGCUCGGCCCACAAGGACUCCGUACAUCCUUGUGCCGCCAAGAGCGUGGAGAGAGACUGGUUGGCUGCUACCCCUUCCUUUGGCUGGCCUCUGAGGGCAUUUCAGCUGAACCCUGUCCUGAGAGAGAGGUCCCCGUCUCUCCUCGUCACAGGCAGCCCAGCCCCAAAGAGGGCUCUGGCAGAACCUCCCCCCUCAGCUCCCCUUCCCUUGUGGAGCCUGGAGGCGGUGGGAGGUGCUGGACCAGUUUUCCUGCCUUUGUCAACCCAACAGGGAAGCAUCCAGCAGCUCUCUUGCGAGUACAUGGGUAGUUGUUACUCACAGUUCUCAGCUAUGAAGGGAUGGAGAAACGUCGUGUUUUGCUUCCUGCUGUGGACCCAGUCUGGCAUCCCAGGCUAAAGUCUUCCUUUGGGGACAGUGAGAAGUCUUUCUCGGCUGAAAUUGCCAAGGAGAGGAAGAAAAAACCCGGAGAGGAGUGGGGAAAUGGCCAUUUCAAAGCGGAAGGCCGUUUGCAGCCCUAAGGCGUGGACACUUGUGUCCCUGUGAGGCAGUGACCUUCGGUCCUGGAAAGAGACUUGAAACAGGCUCUUUACUGACACCGAGAGAAAUGCAGAACUCACCCACCGCCUCCGGCAAGUGUUCAGAAACUGUCCUGUCUUUACUAUUGCAGGGCCCCGGGGAGAAAAACUUUUCUCCGGGUGCAUUACAGAGGGCCCCGUGGCUCCUUCUGGCUGAUGGGUAAAUGUUAGCUUUUUGGCUGUUAGCGGGCGGGAGAUCAGCGGCCGAGACCUCAGAGGAGAAGACCUGCAGGCCUGGUGUGGACCCUACCCACGAGGAGCCGGGGGCAGCCUGGGCUGGGCUGGGGCUGUUCUCCUGAGGGUGUUGCUGAGCACAGCCCAGCCCAGAUUUGGGGGACACGCUAGCAGGGCAUCCACGACUCAUGCUAUGGUCAGCUUUGGGGAGGCCAGUGCAGGGCUCACAGCUCAGGCUUGGCUGCAAGAGCCCUCCUACUCCGAGCCUCGGGCUGCCCAUUUUCAGAUGGGUGAUUUCACGGGUCCCUCAACACUGAUCCUCAAGGAGUCUAAUCUUGGGUGCCCGGGUUGGGUGUGAGAGGCAGAGGGCUUCAGCAACCUGUCCCCAGGAUUCAGGGAGAUAGGGAAGGAGGGCCACCCUCCAUCCGCGGGUCACUGCCAGGCACGGGGCUGGGCUGAGUCCGUCCCCACGUGUGGCCCUGACUCACACCCCCCCGGACUUUGCUUCAGUCACUGCCCAUGCAGCCUCUCCUCAGCCAGGGAGGCCCAUGCGUCUCGCCCUGCCUUUGGGAACAUGCUGAACCCAGAGACGGACAAUUCUCUGUAGCUAGGAAACUACUCCAGGAAACCUUGGACAGAUGCCAUGGACGAGGAGGACGGAGCACUGCGGCAUUAGACGAGCAGCUGAGGUGGUGCGCAGGCUGGGGCAGGAGAGGCCUGCGGGCCAGGUGAAGAGCAGGCAGCCGGGGAUGCAGAUGUGCUUUUGGGGGGGUGGUGAGGGUGGGAGGUGGGGGGAGACUAGCAGUGGGCAGGGGCUUCAGCUGCCUGGAUUUCUGGGAGUUUCUUUUUCCUCAUUGGGGGCGACACUUUAACCAGAUCAUGCAGGUUGCAGGUGCACAACUGCACAACACACCACCUGUCCACGGUAUGGUGUGCACCGCCAUCCCCACAGGGUUCCUGGGUGUGGGAGCCACUAGACCCGGGUCGGCCUUGUAAGGCCUUAUUCUUCAUUUUGAACUUGGUUCUGAGGGCAACAAAAGCCACUAUUUUUCGGUAAGCAUGAGAGAGGCUCGAGGAGAUUUGUAUUUUGAAACUAUAAAUUACUCUCUGUCUGAAAGAAUGUGUUGGAAGGGGCCGGAAGUAGAUGCAGAGAAACAUAACAUUAACUACAGGACAAGAGAUGAACUGCAGAUGUUUUUGACCUCUGUUGACCCUCCCAACGUCCUGGUGAUGAAGAGGCCCAUGGCUGUGGGGCGGGGGGCAUGGGGCGGAGGCCUGCAGCUAAGAGGAAGCUGGGAGGUGAAGACCCUUUGGUUGGUUGCUCCCUGGCCUGAGCCCUGGCCACACAGCUUAGCAUCCCCAUUUCCUUUGCUUCUGCCCAGAAGCCCCCUGGCCACUCAGCUCAGUGCCCGCCCUCCUCAGAGUGACCCCCAGGAGGGACCACUGUGUGAUGCAUCUUGUGUUGACUGUGUCACUGUCAGAAGCCUCAGGCACCCCCCGCCAACCCCUGUGCUUUGUCCCUAUCCCCACUGACCCGGCCCCCAUGGUCUCGAACCAGAGUCUCUGAAGCUGCUGCCUCAAAUGUAGCAGAAGCCCCUGUGUCCUCGGCCCUUGAAGGAGGGCACUCCAUCUCCUGCCGCUUCCUCUGGUCACACGUCCCCGCCACGCCAGGGAGCUGGGGCGAGAGCCUCUUCGCUCCCCACUGCUGCCGACCUGCCCUUCUCACUCGUCCAAACCUCCUCUUGUCCAAACCCACGUCUUCCCGGCUCCCACCGCCUGCCUCCAGCGCGCACAGCCGCACCCGCCUAAAAGCCGCCUGCUUCCUGGUUGUCCCUCCCACGCCAGCUCCUGCCACCAGCUCAGGAAAACUCCUCUCCACUUCCGACACCCCCAAAUGUCUGGCGUAUGACUGAACAAGUGAAGGAACCCUCCUUCAGACGCCCCAUUCUCUGACUGCCGCUUCCCAGCCUUCGGAAUCUUCGCUCCACCAGCCCCACCCGCCUUGGCCUGCCCAGGCUGCAGUAACAGUGCCGUCGACUGGUGCCUUUCACCAGAGAUUUAUUGUCUCCCAGUUCCAGAGGCUGGAAGUCCAAGGUCAGGGUGCCAGCAGGGCCAGGGUCUGACGAGGACCCCCUUCGUGGCUUGCAGACGGCCACCUCCUCACUGUGCCCUCACGGGGUCUCCCCUCUGCAUGCAGGUGGACGGAGGUCUCUUCUCCGUAGAAAGCCACCAAGCUCAUCAUGAAGGCCCCACCCUCGUGACCUCAUCUAACCCAAAGGACCUCCCCAAGGCCCACUGCUGAAUAUCGCCGGGGGUGGGGGGGUUAGGGCUUCAACGUGGACUUUUGGGAGACUCCAGGAGGACAUACGCUCUCAGUCCCUAAUGCCAGCCUUAGCCUCCCUGAGGCCUGUGGCCUGUGGACCUCCCACCAGUGUCCCCUGAUUUGAGUGUGUGAGCCAUCGUUUUCCUUUCUGUUGAGAGACAGAGAUCCUUUCCCUCGGUUGCCAACACCCUGCACUUUAUCCUUUCCACCCUUUGGUCGUACCCCAACUUACAAACCCAUAGUGGCCAAAGAGCCCAAACAUCUGCCUCCUCUCCCCCCGCACCCCAGGCCACUGGGCACUGCUGGGCACUGCUGGGCACUGCUGGAGAGGGUCUCGUGGCCGUCAAGUCUGUUCUGUGAAACGACAGGCGCCAGUCUCACCUGGGCCUUUCACUGCACCCAGCACACUCUCACCUCGGCUUGUCUGACAGCUCUCACCGGGGGCUUCUUCUCGCCUCCUCUCUGCACCCCUUCCUUCUCUCUCCCGACCGGAGGCUUCUCCUCCAGCUUUCAGAGAGGGAGAAGCCGUUCGGUGGCCGCUCCCAAGCUCCUCAGCACCUCUGCUGCCUCUCCCCUCCCGCUGCACCAGCUGGGCAGCGCAGCCACUGGGGGCCAGGCCCGAAGAAGCUCUGCCCUCACCUCUGCCCCCAGGUCUGAGAGCAGCCGAAGGGAGGGCCU